CAGCCCGUGGCUCUGCGCGGCGGGGCCGCCGGCUGCGGGCGGUGGCGGCGGCGGCGGCUGAAGGGCAGCGGCGGCGAUGGGCGCUGCGGGCUGAUUGGUAAAGAUGGAAAGAGGGAGAGGAGGAGGAGGAGGAAGGAACCUGGGAGGCUCUGGCCUGCACAGGAACAUUUAUUCCCAGUCCCAGCAGCAGUACCACUACCCGGCCUCCUCCCAGGGGAGCUGCAUGGAGAUCCAGGAGCUGGCCUCCAAGAGGGUGGACAUCCAGAAGAAGCGGUUUUAUCUGGAUGUGAAGCAGAGCUCCCGUGGCCGCUUCCUGAAGAUCGCCGAGGUCUGGAUAGGAAGGGGCAGGCAGGACAACAUCAGGAAGAGCAAGCUGACCCUCUCCCUGUCGGUGGCCGCCGAGCUGAAGGACUGCCUGGGGGACUUCAUCGAGCACUACGCCCACCUGGGCCUGAAGGGCGGCCAUGGGCACCGGCACGAGCACAGCAAUGACAAGGAGCAGCAUCCCCGGAGGCGGCUGCAGCACCCGCCGCCCUCGCCCCCGGCCUCCGUGGGCUCCGAAGAGCCCCCUCACAGCGUCCUCAAAACGGAGUACAUCGAGAGGGACAACAGGAAGUACUACCUGGACCUGAAGGAGAACCAGCGCGGGCGCUUCCUGCGGAUUAGGCAGACCAUGAGCAGGGGACCUGGCAUGAUGGGCUACUUCGGCCACAGCUUGGGACAGGAGCAGACGAUCGUCCUGCCGGCGCAGGGCAUGAUCGAGUUCAGGGAUGCUUUGGUGCAGCUGAUUGAAGAGUACGGCGAGGGGGACAUAGAGGAUCGCCGGGGGGGAGGUGAGGAGCCCCCGGAGCUGCCCGAGGGCACCUCCUUCCGAGUGGACAACAAGCGCUUCUACUUCGACGUGGGAUCCAACAGGUACGGCAUCUUCCUGAAGGUAAGUGAGGUGAGGCCGCCCUACCGUAACACCAUCACAGUUCCCUACAAAGCGUGGACACGGUUCGGGGAAAAUUUUAUCAAGUACGAAGAAGAGAUGAGGAGAAUUUACAACAGCCAUAAAGAGAAAAGAAUGGAUGCAAGAGGGGACAGUGGUGAAGAGCAAGAGGGUCUGGAAUAGAGUGCAUUGGACGAUUAAACAAACAAAGCAAGCAGAAAUUGGUGAGAGGGACUGACCUAUAGUAAUUCCAAGUUGCCCCAGUUUUUUGUAAAGUCCUUUUCUGGUAGUUCUUGCUAACUCCAGUAUAUAAUGUUAUAGGAGUCUGGUUAUCACGUUAAACUAUGCCCAAAACAUCUCCGUGUGUCUUAGAAAAGGAUCAACCUCCCAAGUCCGUAUGAGUCAGCUGCUUCGAGUGUUGGAGACUGUGGAAGUACGAGUAUCAGCACAAACAAAAUCCGGCACCCCGACCUUUAAAUAGUCUAGAAAAGGCUUGUGUUGCACUUAAACACGAUACAAAAGUACCCCUGCCCUGAACCUUACCAUGAAAUGUAUCAGUUUCUGCUUAUCACCAGUUUUUCAGGACUGGCUUCUGCCCAUGCCCGGUCUGAAGGCCAAGCAGCACUGUCGUAGAGCAUUUAUGGCAAAAAUCGGCUCCACGUGAAUCUGUGGUCUGUGUGUGAGGAGGGAGAGAGGUUUAAAAGUUGACAUCUCCUGGUUGUUGAGUUGGAAACGAUAGUCUGUUUAUGGGUAAAGUCCUGAUAACCCAUCAGACCUCAGUCACAUGCCAGUGAAGGGCAGAAGAGCUGUCAUUAAUUCCGUAGUUUUGUGCUGACCAGAUCACCUGAGUACCCCAGGACAGCAGAGUGCUCAGCCUCCUGAAUUAAUGGCAGUGAAUGAUAACCCACUCCUCAUCUCCAUGUUCUGCCCCUUAGAGGCUGGUGAUAUUUUUUUUAUUUUAUUUUUAAUGCAUUUUGUCCAAAAUUUCAGAAGGUAUUUUUGUAUUAGGCUUGGAGCGGGUGUUGGAAGGUGGAAGAAUGCCGCGGCCGAGGCUCCCGGCUCCUCUUCCAGAUUGAUGUGGUUCGGGAUGUGACCUGGGCGAGGAAAGCCUUUGGGUGUUUUCCUCCUCCUGCCAUGGGAAGACCUUUGGGGUGUUGGGUGCGCCACUGGAUUCGUGUAGAAAGGCAUCUCUGUCACGCUCGCUCGUGGUGCAUUUUGGAAGCUGUGGUGGAUGCCCCGUUGGUUUUUCUGUUGUGCUGGUUGUGGGUGGUGCUGGGGAGACAACAUCUGUGCCCUGCCAUCACCACCUUCCUCCCCAGCUCGGAGCUGGAGCUGUCCUUGAACCGCUCCAGUCCCGAUCUCGCCUGCCUGCCCCAAGGUUUUGCUGUCAUCCUGGAGUCUUUGUGAUGUAAUUUUAAAUCUCGUGAUAUUAACUCUCUGCCUGGAGGGAGAAUGUGUGCAAUUACCUGGUUGGGAGGCUGGUGAAAGGUUCUGUGUUUCUUAAAACAUGAAUAUUUAUAGCAUAAGGGGCUUGUCCAGCCUUUGGGCAACCAGCUUCUUCCCCCUGAACCAGCAGGAGUUUGACUGAGCUCCAGGUACUUCUAGUAGUGCGUUGCUCACCUUUAAGAUUGUUUUAAGCAGGCGUUACCAUGUCUGAUCAGAUAUUUGUAAUCACUCAAAUUGUUUCAUUACAGAGUGGCCUAGUGUGCAUGUGGACCAGCUGUUUUUCCAUGCAGCCAUGACCUGUUUUAUUUUUAAACCUUUUGAGAAACAUCUUUAUCUCCAACCAAGACUGUUCACCACUCUGAGUCUGGAGCCACCUGCACACUGCAUGGCCACGCUCAAUCCGAAUGCUGUUGCCUGUUAAUGUCAUAAUGAGAAAGGUUGGGGAGACAGGGUUGGGAACCAAGAGGAUAAUCUGGAUUUUAGUUUGGGAACUAAAACUAGUUAAUCUGUUUUAACUUUA